AUGAAGUUCUCCACCGUCGCCAUUCUUUUCUUGAGCAGCGUUGUAACUGCACUUCCCCAACCGUUGUCUGGCAAUGAAGCCAUUUCGGAUCUCCAGGCACGAGUCGCCUCGAACAAACCCGGUGGCGACGUAGGCGGCGCUAUCCUAGUCGACAGAGACCUUGACGAGCUUGUGGCUAGGGACAUCGAAGAAGAUGACGAUGAAGGCCAAGACAUCGGCGCUUUGGACACGAGGGAACCAAAGCAAGGUGGAAACGGAGGCGGCGGUGGCUCAAGCUUGAUCGAGCAGCUUCAGAGCACCUUUGACCGCAACAACCCCAACGGAACUCCCGCAGCACCCGGUGACCCGGCUGAUCUCAAUGGCGACGGUGUAAUCAACGUUUUCGAGGCUGGAGCUCAAGCGUCCUAG